AAGGAGACCACAGAUUCUGAAUAAAACCAUACCGCACAUAAGGCAUUCUGUCCACAAUAUUGGCCAGACCUUUUUAAUCAUGAAAGUAAUUGAUAUUAUUAUCAUCCUCAUUGCAGUUUCAUUAUCGGGAUCAUAUGGACUCACGGCACCCAGCGAGGUGAACGGAAGGUUAGGAGAGUCCAUCACUGUGGACUGCCAGUACAACAUAGCAAGUAACCGGGAUUCUGAGAAGUAUUGGUGUAAAGGAAAAAUGAGUUAUUCAUGCACCGUGUUGGCAUCCACUACAGAAGUACAGCAGGAAAGAUCCAGUAGACUGUUCAUUAUGGACAAUCAAACCAUUGGAAUAUUUUCAGUAAAAAUGCAGCAAUUAUCACCGGAAGACGCAGGAUGGUAUUGGUGUGGGAUAACAAGGCUGGGCAAAGAUGAAAUGACUUGUGUUAAAUUGAAUGUUCUCACAGCUGGAUUAACUGGGCUAAGGCAAGUGCAUGGGACCUUAGGAGACACUGUCACCAUACAAUGUCGGUAUCAAGUGCCAUAUUACAAGAACCAUGAAAAAUACCUGUGUAAGGGAUCGGACAGGAAAUCGUGUAUUGUGAUAACUGGAACGCGAAAACAGAAUCCAAACAGCGGUGGAAGGAUAAUGGCUAUGGAUAACCAAACCAUUGGGGUGUUUGCAGUGACCAUCACCCAAUUAUCUAUGGAGGAUAAGGGAAUUUACUGGUGUGGAAUAACAAUCUUUGGAUAUGACAGAAUGGACCCUUUACAACUGAUCAUUUUUGAACCUCCUACAACAACGGUACUGCCUGCUGAAUCUCAGAGAGCAAUCAGCUUCAAAAAUGAAAGCACCUCAAAUUUUUCCAUCAUAGUGGUACCUGUGCUUGGAAUUGUGGUUGUACUGUUCCUUGUUGUCGCUAUCUUUGCCACAAGAUACAAAAAGAAGACUGCAGUUGGUGAAAAAGAAUUAAAACCUACCGAGGAAGAUUCUAACCCCAUUUAUACUGAUCUGUCUUUCAGAGAUUAUGGUGAAGAUAUCACCUAUGACAUGGAAACAAGCAAAUCCCUCAACUGGACAGAAGACUUUCCUACUUAUAUUUGUGAUAAGCAAAAGCAUGAUCAGAAGGAGCCCAUCUGCUUCCCUCCAAUUAAGCCAGAUAAAGUGAGCACCUCUUCAAGUCAGUCACUGAUCAAAGCAGCCCAGCAAGUGCUUCGCCUUGUCCUGCUGCAUACCCGAGCCCUCCCGACAGACAAUAUCGGAACAGCGAAAAUUUACCCAACAGAAACAUCCGAAGCAAUGGAAGCAAUUGUGUUUUUCAUUCUUAUCUCUGUAUCAAAUUCACGUCAAUUAACUGGGCCCGGGGACGUUCGUGGAGAAGUAGGAGGAUCAGUCACUGCCGAGUGCGAAUAUGAUCAGAGCUACGAGGAAAAUGAGAAAUACUGGUGUAAAGGUUAUCAUUACAUCACUUGUUCUGUUAUUGUUUCGACUGAUAACCCACAAAGUGGAAGAGUAUCAAUGACUGAUGACAAAAAACACAGCAUAUUGUCAGUAACCAUGGACAAACUGAUGAAGAGUGAUGAAGGACGAUACUGGUGUGUUAUAGAAAACACUUUCCAAAAUGAGAAGGUUUCAUUCAAAUUAGAAGUUUUUGAAGGGCCUACAUGGAGCUCGACACUGGGACCAACCAGCAGCGUAGCAGGAACUACUCAGUCUCAUGGUACAACGGAUCUAACCACAUCCUCCGCCACCUUCAGCUCACCCAGUGAAGAAAAUUUCCCAUUGAAUCUUAUGGCCUCAUGGCAAAUUAUUCUAGUCGUCGUGGUACUGAUCAUCAGCGUUCUGCUCACUGCUGCUGUUAUUCUUUAUGUAAAAUUAAAACAGCAGAAGAAAAGUGUCACAGUUGAACAGAAUACUCCUGGCUUUGGUAGUCUUGCUUCCUCUGUCACGGAGGAUACAACUGUGAUGUAUUCCACUGUGAAAAAGGUACCCAAAGCUAACUUGGAAAAACAUGAGGCCUCGCUGCAUCCAUGUGCUGUCCUUCCUCCCGGACUCGUCCCCCCGGCCGGCCUGGGCUCAAUCUGCUCCCGCUCCGGGCCCCAAUCCCCAACUUGGAUCCCAGCUCAGCCCGUUCUCGCCCUGCUCCCGCUCCGCGCCCCAAUCCCCAACUCGGAUCCCAGCUCAGCCCAUGCUCGCCCUGCUCCCGCUCUGGGCUCCGGCCGCGACUCGCUUCCAGGACUCGCCUCCCUGGUCCGCCCAGGCUUGGUCUGCUCCCACUUCAGGCUCUGGCUGUGA